AUGCAAUUCAACAAGAUCGCUUUAGCUGCCACCGUUGCUGCAACCACCGUCUCUGCCGAAGGUUACACCCCAGGUAACCCAUGGUCCACUUUGACUCCAACUGCCACUUACAGCUGUGGUGUUGCUCAAUUUACUUCUUCUUUCGGUAUUGCCGUUAAGGAAAUCGCUUCUACUUCCGCUGCUAAAGCUAAGAGAGAUGUUGUUUCCCAAAUUGGUGAUGGUCAAAUCCAAGCUGUUGCCACCACCACUUUGAAGCCAACCACUACUACUACUACUUCUAAGACUUCUACCACUUCCACCUCUUCUGCUUCCAAGACUUCUUCUUCUGCUUCCUCAUGUGCUGCUUCUGCCACUGUCACUCCAAAGGAUAGCUCUUGUAAGAACUCUGGUACUUUACAAUUAACCUUAGAAGACGGUGUCUUAACUGACGCUAAGGGUAGAAUCGGUGCUAUUGUUUCCAACAGACAAUUCCAAUUCGAUGGUCCACCACCACAAGCUGGUUCUAUCUACGCUGCCGGUUGGACCAUCACUGAAGAAGGUAACUUGGCCCUAGGUGACAGCGAUGUCUUCUACCAAUGUCUAUCUGGUAACUUCUACAACUUAUACGACCAAAACAUUGCUGAACAAUGUACUCCAAUCAAUUUGGAAGUUGUCUCUUUAGUUGACUGUUAA